AGCCAGCGACGGUAUUUCUUCAGCUCAGUUGACUUGCAAGCUCUGCAGAGAAAACAUCUCAACAAAAUACCAUAAAACAAUUUUCAAUUCGUUGAAGUGACUGUGAUCUGUUUACUUACUUUUAUCCAGAUAGAAUCUCAAUCACAAUGUCUGAAACUAAGAACCUUGAGGCCGGUCAGCAGCUCGUUAAGCGAACCAUGGACGAGCUCAUCCAACAGAAGCAGACGACUGAAAAGGUCACGAUCCAAGCUAGACAGGAAUUCCGCGAGUCCUUCGAGGAACAUUACGAAGAGGAGUUCGAAGAGGAAACGUUUAUUGAUGAAUUAGGCAACUCCACAACCAAGAGAGUCGAAUCCAGCAGCGAAAGUAAAGAACAUUCUAGAAGCGCUGACGUCAAAGUGAAAGCGACGGGAUUAAACGCGGAACAAGUUAAGGCUUUAACCGACUGCGCAAAUGAGGCGGGACAGCUGGCGCUCGACUCCAAGCCUGCAAACUAAACAACGUUUGCUAGGAAAGUUCAUGGAGUGAUUCAAAGAGUGUUUAAGACUGUGUCCAGUGUUCCUUAUUCUGUAUAAGUUUAAUUAUAUGAAAGUGCAAUAAAAGUUUUUAC